CCGGCCUCGUGCGCCGGUGUCGGGACACACCGGGACAUACCGGAACUGCCCCCGGGACACACCGGGACAUACCGGGACUGCCCCCGGGACACACCAGGACGUGCCGGGACGCACCGGGACUGCCCCCGGGACACAGCAGGACUGCCCCCGGACCCUCCGGGCUCCGCCGGAGCCGCCGGGCCAUGAGCGCCCCGGAGCCGCGGGGCCGCGGGAUGCUGUUCGCCGAGAGCCAGCUGAGGCGGCACGGCUGGCGCCGAGGGCAGGGGCUGGGCAGGCGGGAGGACGGCAUCGCCGAGGCCAUCCGGGUGAAGGUGAAGUGCGACACGGCGGGGGUGGGACACGACGCGGCGGAGCCCUUCACCUUCCACUGGUGGGACCACGUCUUCAACAAGGCGGCCGCCAACAUCGCUGUGGAGGCCGGGCAGGAUGGCAUCUCUGUGAAGGCACUUUCUGAGCAGGCAGGCAGCAUCAGCAACAAGAAGCCACGCAAGGCUGGCAGCAGCGGGAGCCUGCUGUACGGCCGCUUUGUGAAGUCAGCCACGCUCACAGCCUGUGGGGAGGAGGCUGUGGCACUGCCCGCCAGCUCCGAGAGCAGUCAGGAGGAGGAGGAGGAGAAGCUGGACCUCUCUUCGGUCAGGAGGCUGACGGACGAGGAGCUGGUGCAGGCGUGCGGGGGCCGCACAGCACACAAGGGUGCCCGUCACGGCCUGACCAUGAGUGCCAAGCUGGCACGCCUGGAGGAGCAGGAACGAGCCUUCCUGGCCGCAUACCGGCAACGGGAGCAGCAGCAGGAGCCCCCGGAGAGCAGCCAGGGCAAAAAGAAGAAAAGGAAACAGUCCAGGGAUGGAGCUGAGGUGCCACAGAGCAAGGAACCCAACACAGAACAGGAGGAGGUGUUGGAAGAAGAAAAGGUUGUGAAGAAGAAGAAAAAGAAGCAGGGGCCAAGCAGAGAAGAGGAGCUGACAGGAGAGGAAGAGGUCGUGAGGAAGAAGAAAAAGAAGAAGGUGAUCACAGAGCUAUGUGGAGAAGAGGUAUCAGGAGAGGAGGGGAAGGUCAUGAAGAGGAGGAAGAAACCAGAGCAAAGCACAGAAGAGGAGGUGGUGGAAGAGGAUGGGAAGGCUGCAAAGAGGAGAAAGAAGAAAAAGAAGAAGAAGCAGGAAGAGGAGGACAAAGAAGAGCCAGCUGAAACAGACAUACCUCUGCAAGAGACAGAUGAGCCAAACUUGGGACACAGCCCUACAAAGAAGAGGAAGAAGAAGAAGAAGAGGAAGAAGGAGCCAGAAUGAGCAAGUGACAUGGCUGCCAUACUGUGCACCUGCCAGUCCCACCUGGCUGUAAGGGUCCUGGUGCUGUGGGGUGCUCUGAGAUUGUUCCAGAUGGAGCCCAGCACUGUGGCCCAGCUGCCUGGGGAUGCUGGGCUAGGACAAGUUGGUCUGG